UCUAGAGCAUUUGAAAUUUGGGAUGUGAAUUCCGGAUUGUCAUUUUUCAAAAAUGAUAAGAACCCUGAUAUUCUCAUCAAAUACAGUUCGAGUAAACAUAACAUGACUAAAAAUUGUGAUGGUAAUCGUGAAUGUCCAUUUUCAUUUGAUGGCCCUGGAACAGUAUUGGCACAUGCAUAUUUUCCUGAUAAUGAUCGAUGUGUUGAAAUUCAUAUUGAUAAUGAUGAAAAAUGGUUCAAGAAACUUGGGUCUCCAACUUCAGGAUUUACCUCUCUAUAUUUAGUUUUAAUUCAUGAAAUAGGUCAUGCACUAGGAUUAGCUCAUUCUACAGAUAAUACAGCUAUUAUGAGCCCUUAUUAUUCAGAAGAUGAAAUAAAAAAUAAUAUAUUACCUCGAGACAAUUUGAAUGCAAUACAAUCCUUAUAUGGAUUUGAAAAUAAUAAUCCAACAACCGAAUCUACAACAAUCAUAACAACACAAACCACAAUGAAAACAACUAGAAAUACACAGGAACCUGUCGGAAGUUAUAUAAAACCUAAUUUAUGUGAAGUAAAGAAUAAAAUAGAAAGGAUUGUCAUUAUCAAUAAUCACAUUUAUCUCCUAUAUCAAGGCUGGGUGUGGGUGAUUUCACUCGAAAAUAAGAUCAUACAUCCACCAUUGAGAGCUCUAGAGUAUAUACCCAUAGGUAAUAUAGAUUUCAAAAAAGAUUCUAUCCACAUAUAUCAGAGACCGAAUGAUGAAAUCGGGCUAUUGCAUCAUAAUAAGUUUUAUAGAAUUGAUUCAAGUAAUUUUGGUGUGCUAACAAGUUAUGAGUAUAAUCGGAUGGGUCUCCCCCGUAAUAUGAUAGUUCAUGGGGUUUUGAAUACCUAUAAAGGUAAAACAUAUAUCUUUUAUAAUAAUGUAUAUUGUGUUGAAAUUGACGAAUGCAAUUUAUCAAGGAAAUCUGUGAGAUAUAUUAGUGAAAUAUUCCCUGGAAUACCGUCAAAUUUUUCAUCAGUAUUCAGAUAUAUCGAUGGAAAAAUCUAUUUUAUUAAAGAUAAUAUGAUAUAUGAAUUCAAUGAAUUUUUCAACAAGGCUACAGGAUCAUAUAAAUUUGAAAUAGAAACACUACUGAAAUUACCUUGUCAUUCAGAGGGAUUACUGCAGCAAUUGAAAAAUCUUCUGAACAGGAUCAUAUCGAAUCAAAUAAUUAUCAGUGACACCAAGUAGGAAUUAAUCAAACAAAAAUUACUUGAAUAUGAUAAAUAAUCCAUUCUAGUACUAUUUUAUACUUAAAUGUAUAUAUUAAGAUUGUAAUAAGAUCGAUCAGUUUUUUUUUUUAUGAUUAUCAUAUGAACGUGAUAUGUAAUAUAUUGAAAUCAAUAGAGAUUAUUGUAAGGCUAUUGUGUUUAUAUUUACAACUGAACUCCCGAAAUACCGGACACCGGGUCGCCCGGUGGUCAGCUUUCCGGGUGACCCGGAAACCAGACCACCAGGGGGGCAGAUCACCCCAUUACCGGGUCACCGGGGGUCCGCCGGGUCCCCCGGGGGGUGGGGUUGGCUCAUUGGGGUUCUUGUCUGUCUGUCUGUGCCCGAGCGCGCGAUCCCAAGCCUCUCUCUCUCUCUCCCCCACCCCCGCCUUCUCCAUUCUUCUACAUACACAUUUCGUACAGAUAUUACCGUCGUCGAGGUGGCCGAGAGAUCCUACAGGCUGACGUCAGAUUACAGACACAGGAAGUCCAAGUUCGAAUCCGAACGGGGGAAUCUCGAGUUUUUUUAAAAAUUACAUAUCAUCACGAAAACAAGGUCGUCAGUGAGUGUGCGGUCAGGUGUGGUCAUCCUUAUCAGCGAUUGCGCCAAAUCGCACUUUUGAAAUAUUCACCUAGCACGUAUAGGAGACCUAUUGCGUCACUUCCGGCGGAGAACCCGCUUUGUUUCUCUACUCUCAUUGUAUUAUUGCUCUUCGGUAACAUUUGCGUAUUUGCGUAAAAUAAGGAACACCGUAUGGCAAACAAGAAUAUAAUGUAUUUAGGGCGCGUUCGGUUAUUACCUCGGACCGCUCGGACGUCUCUAAACUAGGGCUGGGAAUCAUGAAUGAAUGAUUUGAAUAUUCGAAUAA